AUGCCUGGAAUACUUCCAAUGAAGCUCAUCAAAUGCGACAUCAGACAAACUAUCGAGACGCGCCUUCCCGAGGGAUAUACCGAGUCACUGGAGGAGCGAGUGCGAAGUUUGGAACAGGAGACGAGGGAGUUGAAGGACUUAUUGGACUCGAAGGAUGAGCAACUGGAUAUGCUCUCACGGAUACAUUCAUUCUCACCAUAUUCACCACCUGCAAGUGCGGCAUCAGGGGUAUCACAUCGUAAUAGAGGUUCGCCGGCUAGUGCGAGGAGCGAGUCGGCGGAUGUAAUUGUGGAGGAUUCUUUUGUGGCCCACGAGAAUCCUACUUUAGUGGCGGGCGAUGAAGACGCUACAGGUGGAUUCUACGUGGGCUCUUCCAGCGGAAGAUCUUUUGUUGAUCUGUUCAAACGGAAAUUACAGGACAGCUGUGCCAAUUUUCGGAGUGAUACAUUUUUCCGGGGUCAAACUCUCGCGAAACCAUCAGCAGACGCACCUCUGAACCGACUACCGAAUAGCAUCAAAGCGCCCCCACGGCUUCUGUCGGACCAUCUUCUCGUCUCUUAUUUCCAAGAGUAUCAUCCCCUCUUUCCCGUCCUACAUCGCCCGACUUUCUUGGCCUCGUAUGAGAUUCUGGUUUCCGGAGACGGGUCAACAGCCACCUCAUUGCCGAACCAUGCCAUUGCCCAACUCUUUUUGGUUUUCGCUAUUGCCUUGCAGCAAAGUGAGCCAAGGAAUGGUGUUGAAGAUCAAGUAAAUGCCCAAUGGCAGCAAGCCCUUGACACUAUCCUUCUAGACAGCACAACAGAGACCCUGCAGUGUCUUGUUUUAGCCCAACUUUAUUGCAUUUCGAAAGGAGACUAUGCACGCCUAUUACAAUAUAAAUCACUCGCUGUAGGUAUCGUUCUCCGAUUAGGACUUAACCAGGCUCAAAAGAAAUUCUCCCUUGGCGCUUUGGGCGGCGAGAUGCGAAAAAGAAUGUUUUGGUGUAUCUAUUGUCUAGACAGUUUUUCCGCGGCUAUGCUCGGCCUACCUAAGCUUUUGAAUGAAGGCGAUGUAGAUACCGAGUAUCCAUCAGAUAUCGAUGACGAGUAUGUCUCUGAGAAAGGAUUUCUGCCUACUCUGCCGGGGGAUUCGACGAAAAUAUCUAGUGCGCUUGCGUUGUUCAGGAGUAGUCGGAUACUAGCGAGGGUACUGGAUGCCGUUUAUCCGACUGGCGGGUUGAAGGAGUUGACUUAUACCAAACUCAAAGAGUUGGAAGAUGAACUUGAUGCAUGGAAAUCGGGACUGGCUCCUCAUUUGAGGUUGGAAUUUGUGAAUGGAACACCGGCGACAAAUGUCGUGCAUAGUCGCAGUCCAUUAUUGGUUUUAUCGUAUCAUUACAUCCGCGUAUUGAUUCACAGACCUGUUGUCGGCUCUACUCUCCAGCAGAAAUCAAAUGCGUCUUUGCAUGCCAUUCGAGAGUCGAGUAAAUGCAUCGUCCAGAUUGUGCAACUUCUCACCGAGCGGAAGCUUGGGUUUUCUUUCUGCCUCAACAAGGCCAAAAUACUUGUUCUGGCUGGAUUUAUCCUUCUUUACAGUUCUGCAGAAUGUCCACAAGACAGUUCACUAGCAAAGGAGAAUCAAAAAUUGAUUAUCGGUAUGCUAAAAGAGUUGGAAAGCUGCUCCCCAACCUUAUACACAGAGUUUAAGCCAAUUGCCACAUCAAUUGUAAAACUUGAAACUCAAACCCCACGAAGAUCAUCGGUUUCACCUUUAUCGUUCCGCCAUGAUAAACCCAGAGAAUCCUCUGUCUCGCCACAAUCCAGUCCGACGGAGCAACUUUCAGUCCGCCGAAGAUUCUCAUCCAUCCUUCCCGGAAUGGACGCCCGAAAACACAAGACCCCAGGUGCGAUGCGCCGAGCGAGCACAAGUGCACAGGACGUGCCUAGUAACAUGCAAUAUGGGCACCGGCUAACGUCGGCAUCCCUUACUGAUCUGUUGCCCCGAAACCGGUACUCGGCUGCACCAUCGGCAAGCCCGUUUGACAUGCCAUAUAAUAUGGAAAACAUGUGGAGUAACGUCGAGGCGGCAAAUGGCAGCACCAGCUCGCUACCGCAGACCUCAUCAUCGGGCCGGGUCUCAAUGUCAACAAAUGACUGGGAGCGGCUACUGGCGACAAUGGAUGCUACCCAUGCGGCUCACAUAUAUGGUGACGGCGGCGGCGAUAUGAUCACUGCUGGCAAUAUGGACCACACAGCCCCGCCCAGCACAUCGAGCUUCUCGACGCUGAGUGAGGAGGGGUUUCAGAGUGAUGAUGGCUGCGGGUAUCCGGAAAGCGAGGACCUUGGUGACUUUUUGGGGCCGUUGAUGUCGACGGGUGGAGGAGGGGAAUGGUCCAUGUGA